AAACGAAUCUUACUAUCGUCUUAUGUGGCGGUUUUGUGACGGACGCUUUAAAAUAUUCAGUUUCAGGAGAAAUAAGCAGAAAUAUCUGAAUAUCAUGAUUAAUUUCUAAUAUUUGAGCUCGUUAAAUCAAGAUGUAGAUUUUAAAUGAGUUCAAUGAAGAUGUUCAUCAUGAGAGAGCAGGUGGAUGUGAUCUGCUGUAAAUCAGUAGGAACUGAUCUGUCCAUGCUGGAUAUUGAUGAUUUCAUCACAGAAAUCUCUCAACUGAACAAAGAGGUGACGUCACUGAAGAAAGAGGUGACGUCACUGAACGCAAAGCUGAAGGAGAGAGAUGACAGGUUACAGGAGCUGGAAAAGGUUUCCUGUCAAUCUUCAGUGUGUGUGACUGAUGGGACCUCCACAGAAUGUCAGGAUUCAGUGUGGAGCGGCAGAGAUCAGUCCACACCACAGCGACUGCUGGACAAACUCUCUGAACAGAGAUCCAGAGACACACAGGACUCACAGCUCACUUUACUCUGUUCUACUGAUGCUCAGGAGAGUGUGUGUGACAGUAAUCAGGGUGAUCAAACCUCCACAGUGUCUCUGACUUCUGUGUGUAACGCUGGAGAACAGCAGAUGCUGAAGACACCAGUGAAGAUUGAAGUGAAGCUGGAGAAGAUAAAAGAAGAAAACACAGCAGAGGAACAACUGAGUGAUGAAGAUGAUGAUGAACAGCAGAUGCUGCAGACACCAGUGAAGAUUGAAGUGAAGCUGGUGGAGAUAAAAGAAGAAAAUACAACACAGGAACAACAGAGUGAUGAAGAUGAUGAUGAUGAGACAUCAACAGAGAAAGAACAGAGUGAUGAAGAUGAUGAGGAUUUCAUUCCUUCAGAGCUGAUGGAAGAGCAAGAGGAACAUCAAGAACUGAAUGAAGUGGAGGAGAAACAUCAGUAUCAGAAACAUCAUGAUUUUAUAACUGGAGAAAACUCAAAGAGUGGCUCAAAGACUGAAAAUAAUUUCUCACCAAAAAAGACUCAAAGAAGAGCAGCCAAAAAUACUUUCACCUGCUCCCAGUGUGGAAAGAGUUUCACAUUUAAAAACCAGCUUAAUAAACACAUGAGAGUUCAUACUGGAGAGAAGCCUUACACAUGUCAACAGUGUGGAAAGGGUUUUGCACGUAAAGAAUGUAUUCAUGUACACAAAAGUGUUCACGCUGGAGAGAGACCUAACAUGUGCCAUCAGUGUGGAAAGAGUUUCACAUUUAAAAGCCAGCUUAAUAAACACAUGAGAGUUCAUACUGGAGAGAAGCCUUACACAUGUCAACAGUGUGGAAAGAGUUUUGCACGUAAAGAAUGUCUUCAUGUACACACAAGAGUUCACACUGGAGAGAGACCUUACACGUGCCAUCAGUGUGGGAAAAGUUUUGCAUAUGCACACCAUCUCAAGAAUCAUCUCCACCGUCACUCUGGAGAAAAAACAUUUGAAUGUGAUCAGUGUGGUAAAACAUUUGUGGUAAUUUCAGGCCUAAAACAACAUCUGAAAACUCACACAAAAGAGAAGCCUUACAAGUGUUCUUUUUGUGGAAAGAGUUUUGCACACGUGUCCUAUUUUAAAGAACACCAGAAAAUUCAUACCGGUGUGGCGGCUCAUAUGUGCUUUGAAUGUGGGAAGAUCUUUAUUACAGCCGGCAUCUUGAAAAAGCACCAAAGUAUUCAUACUGGAGAAAAACCUUACAAGUGCUCACACUGUGGAAAGAGUUUCACUCGGUCAGACAACCUAAAAAAACAUGAAAGAAUCCAUACUGGAUAGUCUUGUCUAAUUGGCUAGUUGCACAAGAUGCCGCCUGUGAGCUUUCACUACACGACCGUGCAUGUUUACGUCCGGUUGUAUGAGCGCUCAUUGAAACUGAGUGAGAACACGCGGUGUGAGCGUGGUGUAAGCGGGGCUUUAUUGUUGUUUUGAGAAGAGACUUCCAAAGGAGACUUGGUUGAGACCUGCAUGAGCAUGUUUACAAGUAAAGAAAGAAAUGAGAGUGGUUUAUCGGUGAAGGUAGAUAGCAUUCACUUUACAUUGUUGUGUGCCUCAACCAGCAGCGACGAGCCGACCAGCGGUAUGAAGUAAAUAGUGUUAAAAUUGUAGGUAACACUUUACAGUAAGGUUCUGUACAUCAACAUGCAAUAGCUAACAUGAAAUAUAGAUUAAAGAAAGUUAUAGAGAAACAUCCCGCACCAUGGUACAUUGAUCACACUCAUGCUCUCAAGGGAGCAGCUUGGAAAAACAAGUGUAAGUGGAAGAAUACAAAAGUAGAGGUAUUUCUCUGUGUAAGGAAAGAUAGUGUCUUUAACUACAGAAACUGCCAGGUCUGCAUAUUUGAAAAAAACUCAUAGAAAAUAACCACAACAAUCCUAGGUGUUUAUUCAGUACUGUGGCUAAAUUGGUUAAGAAUAAAAUUUUGUUUGAACCAGAUAUUCCAUCGCAACUAAAUCGAAUCAUCAGAAACAAAACUGGAAUUCCGUCUGCCACAGCACCCCAGAAGACUAAAAUUAUUACCUAAGAGCAACUUCAAUCCUUUGCUGUUAUAGGUCAGGAAGAGCUAACAAAAAUGAUCAAAACAUCAAAAUCAACAACAUACAUGUUAGACCCAAUACUGGUGUUUUCUGGAAUCUCAGAAGCUCUUAAUAUUAUUAACUUAUUAUUCUCAGGUCAUGUCCCAAGAAACUUUAAACUGGCAGUUAUCAAACCGCUUAUCAAGAAACCACAGCUUGAUCCAGGAGAAUUGGCUAAUUAUAGACUGAUUUCAAAUCUCCCGGUUAUGUCAAAAAUACUAGAAAAUGUAGUGUCCUCCCAACUAUGUUAAUUUUUACAGAGAAGUUGUAUAUAUGAAGAAUUUCAGUCAGGAUUUAGGCCCCAUCAUUGUACAGAGACUGCACUUAUCAGAGUUACAAAUUUAAUAGUGAUUUAAUAAAUAAACUUAAGUUGGUUCAAAAUGCAGCAGGUAGAGUGCUAAAUAGAACCAAGGAAUAUGAUUAUAUCAGCCCCAUUUUAUCGUCAUUACAUUGGCUACCUGUUAAGUUUCGUUUUAAUUUAAAAAUUCUGUUAAUUACUUACAAAGCUUUGAAUGGUCUAGCUCCAAAGUACUUAAGUGACCUUCUAUCAUGCUAUAAUCCAUCACACUCACUACGAUCGCAAAACUCUAGCCUAUUUACAGAGAAUACCAAAAUCCACAAAAUUUGGGAGAUCAUUUCCAUAUUCGGCUCCUAAACUAUGGAAUAGUCUUCCCAGCAGCGUUUGGAACUCAGAUGCACUCUCUCAGUUUAAGUCUAGACUAAUGACUUAUCUAUUUAGCCAGGCACACCCCUAAUAUAUCCCUCAAUUCAUAGUUAUGCUGCUUUAGUUAGGUCUGCCACAACCGGAAACACUUAUCUUAUUCUUUAAUCCUGCUUUAAAGUGAAUGGCGUCUACGCUAAUUUUAUUCUAUUUCUUUCACUGUCUGAAGCAUGGAUUUAAAAUGGAGUUCACCAAAAUUACCUGCCAUAAGCUUUCCAACUGGACUGCGAUUUUCCUCACUGAAUUAUACCUAUAUCAGCUUGGUGAAAGGAGGGACAACAAUCUUGGAAAUGAAGAACUACAUAGAAAAGGAAUUAACCACUAACAAAAUCCUUAAUCGGCCAAAAAUCAAAGGACAAUGCAUCUACGUGUAUUUCCUUAGUUAAUUUGGGAUGACUUCAAAGACUUUAACACUAAAACUUAUAGUUCAUAAAAAAUCAUUUUGUUUAACCACUGACCCACAACACCUACUUAGUUUACUAAUUUUAACCACUAAUAGUUCUAAACAUAACUAAUAUUGGCACUAUAUUCAUACAUUUUCUGUUAUAGCAUAAUUUCAUGUACAGCUGCUUUGAAACAACGCAUGUUGUGAAAAGCACUAUACAAAUAAAUUUGACUUGACUGGAUUGGUCAGUUGGGGCAGUCUGCAGACAAGUAUGUUUGCAAAAGAAGUGUUAAACUUUAUAAUUGUCUGUUGACCCGAGCAAGCUUAGCUGUGCUGGGUUUAUGUCUCGUGUCACUGCCCACUCUUUGUUUUCACAUGAUAAAAUAAUUUCAAUUCAA